GCCGCCAUUGUUUGAAUUUAAAAAUGUAAACCUCGCGGUGCUGCUCACGGGUUGGGCAGGCCGAUCAACGCUUCCUCGCGGGUGGGGUGGCGGCCCACGUGAAGGUGCGAGGGAGGAGGUUGGGUGAGUGCGCCCAAGUCAGGUCUGAGGCGGGGAAGUGGUUCCGGCAGUGAGAGGUGGCACCUUCCGACCGGGCUUGUGAAGCCACUGUUACUCUCUGGACCUGUGCUGCGGAGCGGUGGGGCGCUUGAGGCAGCGCGAGCAUGUGGAAGUGUUGAGCCACACUACUGGGGUCAGGGUUUCAGUCUCGAACUCACCGCGUAUUAGCUGAGACGCAAGAAUGGAAUCUCAUUUCAAUCAAGAGGGAGUGCCUAGACUGUCAUAUGUUUUUAGUGCUGACCCAAUUGCCAGACCUUCAGAAAUAAAUUUUGAUGGCAUUAAGCUUGACCUCUCUCAGGAAUUUUCUUUAGUUGCUUCAAGCAGGGAGGUAAAUGGUUUGGAAUCCAAAGAUUAUCUGCAGGUUUGUCUUCGAGUAAGACCAUUCACACAGUCAGAAAAAGAACAUGAGUCUGAGGGCUGUGUGUAUAUUCUGGAUUCACAAACAGUUCUGCUUAAAGAUCCUCAAAGCAUCUUUGGUCAGUUAAGUGAAAAAGGCUCUGGGCAGAUUGCACAGAAAUUCAGUUUUUCUAAGGUUUUUGGCCCAGAAAUUACACAGAAGGAGUUCUUCCAGGGUUGCAUUCUGCAGUCAGUAAAAGACCUCUUGAAAGGACAAAGUCGGCUGAUUUUCACUUAUGGACUAACCAAUUCAGGAAAAACAUACACAUUUCAAGGUACCGAAGAAAAUGUAGGCAUUCUGCCUCGAACUUUGAAUGUAUUAUUUAAUAGUCUUCAGGAAAGACUAUAUACGAAGAUGAACCUUAAACCACAUAGAUCCAGAGAAUACUUACGGUUAUCACCAGGCGAAGAGAAAGGAGAAGUUGCUAGCAAAAGUGCAUUGCUUCGGCAGAUUAAAGAGGUUGUUACUCAUCAUGAUAGUUAUGAUACUCUUUAUGGAAGUUUAACAAGCUCUUUGAAUAACCCAGAGUUUGAAGAAUCCAUGCAAGAUUGUGAACGAGCUAGUUUGAAUACUGUUAAUAAUAUAAAAUUUUCUGUGUGGGUUUCUUUCUUUGAGAUUUACAAUGAGUGCAUAUAUGACUUGUUUGUUCCUGUAUCAUCUAAAUUCCAAAAGAGAAAGAUGCUACGCCUUUCCCAAGAUGUAAAAGGCUAUUCUUUUAUAAAAGAUCUACAAUGGAUUCAUGUAUCUGAUUCCAAAGAAGCAUAUAGACUUUUAAAACUAGGAAUAAAACACCAGAGUGUUGCCUUCACAAAACUGAACAAUGCUUCUAGCAGAAGUCAUAGCAUAUUCACUAUUAGAAUAUUACAGAUUGAAGAAGAUUCUGAAAUGCCUCGUGUAAUUAGAGUCAGUGAAUUGUCUUUAUGUGAUCUUGCUGGUUCAGAACGAAGCAUGAAGACACAAAACGAAGGUGAGAGGUUAAGAGAGACGGGGAACAUCAACACUUCUUUAUUGACUCUUGGAAAAUGUAUUAAUGUUUUGAAGAACAGUGAAAAGUCAAAGUUUCAACAGCAUGUGCCUUUCCGAGAAAGUAAACUGACCCACUAUUUUCAAAGUUUUUUUAAUGGUAAAGGGAAAAUAUGUAUGAUUGUCAACAUCAGCCAGUGUUGUUUUGCCUAUGAUGAAACACUCAGUGUGUUGAAGUUCUCAGCCAUUGCACAAAAAGUUUGUGUUCCAGAUGCAUUAAAUUCCUCUCAAGAGAAAUCAUUUGGACCUGUCAGAUCUUCUCAAGAUGUAUCACUAGACAGUAGUUCAGAUAAUACAAUACUAAAUGUAAAAAGGUCCAUGAUUUCAUGGGAAAGUGGUCUAGAAGAUCUGGUGGAAAAUGAAGAUUUGGUUGAGGAUAUAGAAAAAGCUGAAGAAAACCAAAAUGUGGAAACUGAACCUACUGAUGAAGAUCUAGAUAAAACAUUAGAGGAAGAUAAGGCUUUCAUUAGCCAUGAGGAGAAGAAAAAACUGUUGGAUUUAAUAGAAGAUUUGAAAGAAAAACUGGUAAAUGAAAGAAAAGGAAAGUUAACAUUGGAAUUUAAAAUUCGUGAAGAGGUUACACAGGAGUUUACUCAAUAUUUGGCCCAAAGGGAAGCUGAUUUUAAGGAAACUCUUCGUGAGGAACGAGAGAGAUUAGAAGAAAAUGCUGAAUGUCGUUUGGCUAUCUUCAAGGAUUUGGUUGGUAAAUGGAACACUCAGGAAGAACCAGCAAGGGAAGAUCAUGCCGUGAAUGUUGAAACCGAAGAAGCUAUGGCUUAUUUAGAAAUAAAGUUUGAUCAAGUUAAAGCUGAAUUAGCUAAAACCAAAGAAGAAUUAAUCAAAACCCAGGAAGAGUUAAAAAAGAGAGAAAAUGAAUCAGAAAUUAAGUUAAAUUCAUUGGUUCAAGAGCUUGCAAAAUCUAAUAAGGACGGGGCCGGUACAUCUUUAAUAAUAAACAGUGAGUUGACUUGUAAUCAAACAGUUGAAAUGCCUGAGGACAACAAAGCUAAAGUAUAUUCAGGAAGAAAAAGAUUAAGUGAAAAUGAACUUCAACAAGAUGAACCCCCAGCAAAGAAAGGACCUAUACAUGAUAGUCUAGCUAUCACUGAAGGCCAGAUGAAAAAUGAAGAAAUGCAACAGAGCAUCUCAGAAGAUAAGGAAGACAGAGUUUUACAAGAAACUAAUGAAGAGUUAAAAACAUGUUUACUGAUUGCUGAGAGUGAACUUAAAAAUGAAAAGGAAGAAAAAGCAGAAUUAGAUAAAAAGAGUGUUAGUUUGCAGCAGGAACUUUCUUUUUCUGAAAAAAAGAGUGUGGCUCUAAGUAUAGAGGUCCAAAAUAUUCAGUCAAAUUAUGAUAAAGUAAUUUCUGAAUUACAUGUGCAGAGAAGUAUAAAUCAAGACCAGGGGGAGGAGAUCAUGAAAUUGUCAAAGGAACUAGAAACAGCUAGAAGAAACAUCACAAAUAAUGUUUCACAAAUAAAAUUAAUGCAAGCAAAAAUAGAUGAACUGCAUAUGCUUGAUUCAGCCUCUCAGAUCUCAGACAUAGAUUUACUCAAUCUCAGGGAUCUGUCAGGUGGUUCUCAGGAGGAUAACUUGCCAAAAACACAGUUAUGCCUUUUGAAUAAUGAUUAUUUGGUAAAUAAGCAGGUUCAAGACUAUCGUAUUCAGGAACUCAGUAGGGAGAGUGCUUUCCACUCUAGUAUUGAAGCUAUUUGGGAAGGAUGUAAGGAGAUUGUAAAGGCCUCCUCCAAAAAAAGUUGCCAGAUCCAAGAACUGGAACAACAAAUUGGAAAAUUACAGGCAGAAAUAAAAGGCUAUAAGGAUGAAAACAGUAGACUAAAAACAGAGGAGAGGGAGGAGAAAAAUCAAGGUGACCUACUAAAAGAAAAAGAAAGUCUUAUACAGCAGCUGGAGGAAGAGCUGCAAGAAAAAAACAUUAGUCUUGAGGUUCAAAUGCAGCAUGUAGUUGAAGGAAAGAGAGCACUUUCAGAACUUAGCCAAGAUGUUACUUCCUAUAAGGUGAAAAUAAAGGAACUUGAGGCAACCUUAGAAACUCAGAAAGGUGACUGUAGUCGUUCGGCCAAGUUAGAAAAAGAAAUUUUGGAAAAGGAAUCUAUCAUUUUAAAGCUAGAAAGAAAUCUGAAGGAAUUUCAAGCAAAUCUUCAGGAUUCUGUCAAAAGCACCAAGGAUUUAAGUGACAGGGAAGUUAAGUUGAAAGAAGAAAUUGCACAAUUAACAAAUAAUUUGCAAGAGGCAAAGCGUUCACUUCAGUUAAAGGAAGAAGAAGAAACCAAUUGGCAAGAAACAGAAAAAUUGAAAGAGGAGCUCUCUGCAAGCUCUGCUGUUACCCAGAAUCUGAAAGCAGAUCUUCAGAGGAAGGAAGAAGAUUAUGCUGAGCUCAGAGAGAAACUGGCUGAUGCCAAAAAGCAGAUUGAACAAGUACAGAAAGAGGUAUCUGUAAUGCGUGAUGAGGAUAAAUUAUUAAGGAUUAAAAUUAAUGAACUGGAGAAAAAGAAAAACCAGUGUUCUCAGGAAAUAGAUAUGAAACAGCGAACAAUUCAGCAACUCACGGAGCAGUUAAAUAAUCAGAAAGUGGAAGAAACUAUAAAGCUGUAUGAGAGAGUAUGCAAAGAUCUUAAUGUGAAAGAGAAAAUAAUUGAAGACAUGCGAAUGACACUGCAAGAACAGGAACAAACUCAGGAAGAACAAGAUCAAGUGCUUGAGUUGAAAUUGCAGGAAGCUGAAAGGCUGGCUACAGAAUUGGAAAAAUGGAAGGAAAAAUUCAAAGAUCUGGAAACUAAAAGUAAUCAAAGAUCAAAUAAAGAACUUGAGGAUAAUAUAGAUGUACUUAGUGGAAAGCUCAGUAAGCUGCAGGAUGAGUUACAGGAAUCUGAACAGAAAUACAAUGCUGAUAGAAAGAAGUGGUUAGAAGAAAAAAUGAUGCUUAUCACUCAGGCAAAAGAAGCUGAGAGUCUACGAAACAAAGAGAUGAAAAAAUAUGCUGAAGACAGAGAACGUUGUUUAAAGCAACAAAAUGAAGUGGAAAUACUUACAGCACAGCUGGCAGAGAAAGACAGUAACCUUCAAAGUUGGCGAGAAGAACGGGAUCAGCUGGUUGCAGCUUUAGAAGUACAGUUGAAAGCCCUGAUCUCCAGUAAUGUACAGAAGUAUAAUGAAAUGGAACAAUUGAAAAAGGUCACAUCAGAAGCUUCUGGAACAGAUAAACAAACCAUGGAUGUCAAGCCCAGUAAAAUGAGUUCAUUGGAUCCUGGUGAAAUUGAAACCAAGCCUCAGUCAACAAGUUUUGAAAUUUCUAGGAAUGAAGUAGAGGAUGGAUCUAUAGUUCUUGAAUCUUGUGAAGUGUCAACAGAAAGUAAUCAAACUACUCGAUUCCCAAAACCUGAGUUAGAAAUUCAGUUUACACCUUUACGGCCAAACAAAAUGACAGUGAAGCACCCUGACUGUACCUCACCAGUAACAGUUAAGAUUUCCAAGGCCCAGAAGAGGAAGAGUAAUGAAAUGGAGGAGAGUAGUAUAUUUUCAAGCUGGUGGAAGAGCAGAAAUAGUAUUAACCAUACACCUGAGGCUCUCUGUCAGGGCUUGGUGAAAUAUGAAAAUAAGAAGAAUGCUACACCCAAAACUAAUUUGAAGUCCCCUGUUUCUGAGCAUAGAAAUUCUCCUCUCAAAAAGGAACAAAAGGUUUCCACACGUCCAUCAUCUAAGAAAACAUACUCUUUACGGAGUCAGGUAUCCACAGUUAGUGUAAACUUGGCCACUAAGAAAAAAGAGGGAACGCUACAGAAAUUUGGAGACUUCUUACAACAUUCUCCAACAAUUCUUCAAUCAAAAGCAAAGAAGAUAAUUGAAACAAUGAGUUCUUCAAAACUCUCAAAUGUAGAAGUGAGUAAAGAAAAUGUGUCUCGACCAAAGAGGGCCAAACGGAAAUUAUACACACAUGAAAUUUCAUCCCCUAUAGAUAUAUCUGGGCAAAUGAUUUUGAUGGACCACCAAAUGAAGAUCAGUGAUCAUGAGAUUCUCAAACGACGACUUCGAAGUAAAAUGGCUAAAUAAAUCUCUUAUGCAGAAUGUUUUAUAUUCAUAAUCAUUAUAACUUGCAUCCUGACUUUCUAAAGAUAACUGUAUAUAUUACUAUGUGUUAAAUCCCUCUGUAUAAAUUUUAUACAUAGUAAAAUUUUAAUUGAAUAAAUAAAUCUUAAUAAAUUUA